GAUCUGCGACUUGUUCAGGACGAUUCCAACGGAACUCUCGAUUCUUUGACCGUGCUUAACCUGGAAUCGCAUAAGACACUUUAUAUGCUCAAGAAAACUGAAGCCAUACUUUCUGAUGGACAAGUCGAUCGUCGAACAUGUGAAGGGCGCGGGCUUCAGAAGUUCAAGGCCACAAGUGAACCGUUUAGUGUCCUCAGGAUUGGCAAUUACGAGGUAAGACCUCGAUACCCGUCUGAUCUGAUAGCGAAGUGGUACUACACGAGGGAACGGCUGAAUUGGGAGAUACUCGAAAACGGUCUAAAGAAGAAGAUUGAAAUAAGCUGGAAGGAUAUUUCAGCGAUAAGAGUUGAAUACGGGGGCAACGUGGAACUUCUCGAAAUCGAGUUAUCCAAGCCGCCUCAUUUCUAUUGCGAGACCGAAGUGCGCCCCAAAAAGCAUACCUCAUGGAAGCCGAGUUACGAUUUCACUGAUUGUCAAGCUUGCACUUACAGGAGGCACCAUCUUGAGUUUCCUCAAGGCACGCUAGAGAGAAACAUGGAGCCACUCUUCUUCUUGGACUCUCCUUUGAGGGAACUGAGCAGGAGGCCAUUCCCAAGUUCAGAAAGUCCGUUCUUUGAGGGUUAUCUUACUGAGGCAACGCAAUCAGCACCACCAUUAAUCAACUCUGAACUGAUUCAACUUCGCCAUCAUCUUCAUCAUCAGCUUCCUCCUAGCCAUUCAAGUGUUCCUGCACGCUUGGUCAAUGAUGAACUGAUGAUUUUGAUUCAAGAAUAUCAGAGACGAUUGGCAAAUCAUCAAAUGCCGUUUUUUGACAAUUCACCUAGUUCACAGGUCUCAGAUUAUGCUUACGCACCACCUCCGUCGUUGCCGAGAAAUAGAACAAUCUUCAAUGGACAAUUCAUGGGACACUCGCUUGAAGAACAAAUCGUAGCACCUUCGAGUUAUAACUCCGACAAAGUCACAAUGGGCACAGGCCAUGGACACCAGGGAUAUGAUCACAACAGCAACCCCUCAAACAAGAUGAUGGCUAGCAAGGAGCCUUCAUAUAUGAGUGCUGACAUGAACGUUGCUCAUCACAUUUAUACUUGGAACAAUAAAGGAAUCUUCAAUCAGGACAUGGGGCAUCAUUCAGGACUGGUUUCAUCAUCGAACACGCCAGUAAUCGACGUGCCUUCGAGCUCAUGCUAUUACCCCAUAACAAAUUAUUAUGCAGGCCAGGGAUCACAUGAGGGAUAUAACAGCAACAACGAGCCAUGCAUGAAUGACACCAAUCCCCAUCAUGCUCAUGCUCAUGAUGGGCCGAUCUACCCAGAGCUUGAGUCUAACCAUGAUGGUGGAUUACAAAAUAGCCGAUUUUUGGGGUGA